AGGACCCCAACUUACACUAUUCUCAACGCAGCUUUUCUGUUAAGGCUUCAAUUAGAUACUACCCAGCAGUAGAGUGAUUUCCAAUAGUCAGUCUCCUUUUGCAAGGAUGCCGGACUGAGGAGGAAGGAACAUAUAACAGAUGGUGCCGAUGGUAGUGCGUGACUGGGCCUCGCUGUCCAGCGGUGGUUAAGGUUUUUGCACCAGAUGCACCCCUGUGGUAGUUAUUGAAGUUUUCUAGAAAAUCGAGCAAGUUUUUCUCUCACAUUUUUGUUCUGGUUCGGAAAAGCGACGGCACACAGUUCAUUGUUUUUAUUUUCCGUUCCAAUUUUAUUUUCUUUUUCAAUCAUCUGUGAACCUGGUCUAUUUUUUAUUUGAGUAGCCGCAGGGGCACUACACCAGAAAAGCAGUAUAAGUUCAUCUCCGAUCGCGCGAUGGCGUCGUUCGGCAGCGUGCUGAACCACGUCCGACGGGACAUGCUCCAGAAGAACAUGGAGGAGUCGGACGAGGAGCCGGAGGCGCGGAAGCGCAAGUACGACGCCAUCGCGCUGCUCACCGGGCAGCAGCGUACCGAGGCGGACGCCGCGGCCUCCUCCCCGGAGGACGGCGAUGGCGGGGGAAAGCGGAUCUCCCCCGAGGCCAGCGCGGAGGAGAAGCGGCGCAUCAUAGACGCGAGACUAGAACAGGAGGCCCGGGAGCGGCGGCUCAGCUCCGGGCAAAAGUUCCCGAUCGGCGCGGGCGCGGCGGCGAAGAGAAAACAAACAUCCUCCACGUCGUCGCUGGGCGAGUAUGAUGACAUGCCUCCGACUUUGGAGGACGGCGAGCCCGAGGUGAUCACUCUAGACCCCCCACCGGGACCAGGGGCCGCGAAUGAUGGUGCACCAGGAGCUGCUGCACCGGGGGGUGGUCCACAACAUCAACACCCCGGUCCACCCGCGGCCGGGAUGGGGAUCAGCGGGUUGCUCGGAGCGUUCGGCGGGAAGAAGGCGAUAGCCGCGGAGGAACCAGAAAAGCGAAAGCCGUCGGCGCAGAGCAGCGUGAAGGCGCUCGGGAUGCACGGCAUCCGCCAGGGCAGCACGCAGAUUGACCUUGAGGAAGUGCAAAACAAGGAGAAGCAGCAGCAGGAGGAGGAAGGCAACAAGGUGGAGGAGCGCCGGGUGUACAUGUCCCGGGCCAGCGACGGCACCUCGAAAAACCAUAUUCUGGAGGCCGAGAAGGAGACCAGCGAGCGGGACAAGGAGCGCGAGGAGGCAGAGCUGCUCGGGAACGACGAGUGGCAGCUGUGGAACCAGCGGUGGCGCGAGGCCCGGGGCGGCAAGCUCGGGUACCUGCCGAUCUUCCACCCCGACUGCACGACCAGGACGAUCUGGCAAGUGCUGAUGGUAUUCCCCCUGAUGUACAUGGGCACCGUGGUGCCCUACCGACUCGCCUUCAUAGACUUCCGGAUCUACCCCCUGAGCGAACAGGAAGCGCAGUUCAAAGUGCCGAUAAUCGAGGACGGGAACGGGUGGGAGAUCACCGACACCCUGUUGGACAUCUUCUUCUGGGCGGAUCUGUUCUUCAACUUCUUCGUGGCCUACUUUGACCUGGGCGGCAGGCUACACAGCCACCCACAUAGCAUAUGGAAAAACUACUUGGGCGGGUGGUUCACGCUAGACCUACUGGCGUGUUUACCCGCGGCCUUCUGGUCAAGUCUGGUAUCCGUAUCGGCCGACUCAAACGCGAACAAGGUAAAAGAAUUCUUUCGUACGAAGAUCAACGAUAAAAGUUUUCACAUCAACCGACCACGAGUUAUUGUUUGAGAAAGUAUGUGUAUGACUAAUGAAUUGUUCUUACAGUCUAAAAAUCAACGACUGUGUAGUUUCUGUAAGUACAAGGGAAACAGCAAUGAUUUCUUCCCUCUAAACAUCACAAAAGUAUUUUCAAAAUUAUUUCAAAUAACAGAUAACGCGGCUUCCUCAACUGUACCGGAUCGGGCGGUUGGCCCGGCUGUCGAAGAUCGGGAAGGCGAGCCAGGUGAUGCGCACGUUUCUGCAAAGGCUGAACCAAAACAGUAUCAUGUUUUACAUAUCCUCCACCCUGGGCAAGAGUCGUCUGGCCAACGUUUCCAAGUUCCUGAUCGUCCUGUUAUUCGUGUCUCACAUCUUCGGGUGCUUCUGGUACUUGCUCGCGGCCAUGCACGAGAAUCCGCUGGACACCUGGGUGGGUAACCGGAGCCUAAACCGGCCGGACGGGACGACAAUGUACAUGAUCGAGCAAACCCCGAGCUACCAGUGGCUGACCUGCAUAUACUUUAUCCUCACCGUCUGCACCACGGUCGGGUUCGGGGACAUCACCCCGUUCACCGAGGCGGAACUCAUCUUUACCACCAUGCUGAUGCUGUUCGGCGCGGUGAUCAACUCGGUCAUAGUGUCUGAGGUGAUCGCGGUGCUCACCCGGGUGGACCAGAGCAACCAGGAGCUCAACAGGAAAACCUCUUCGAUCACAAACUUCUUCAAGAAGAGCUGCAUCAAGGACAACAAAAUCGAAUCGAAGAUAAGACUGGUACAACUCAUUUCAUUUUCCAUGUUCUUUUUCGAUAUAAUCGGUAGAGUCCGAGACGUGCUUUUGUAUACGAAUGCUGAUUUUUGGCGAAUGAAAAGCCCGCUCUUGGUUUCAAUCCGUGAAGAAAAAAAACUUGUAGGUCGUGGUAUACUUAUGCGACGAGUGUGUCGGGUUGUUUUCUCAUUCUCAAGGCAAAAAAGUUCGUUCCUUUUCGUUUCGGAAGAACAGAGCUUCUUUGAAUAACCACGACAGGUCGCGGAGUACCAAACGCGGGAAAAGUACGCGGAGAUUUCCUCAGGCAGGGAGGACGACUGGAAAUCGUUUUGGGAAAUUUGCACCUCUAUGUCGACGCCUUUGCAGCGGGCGGUCGCGAAGCGGGCGCACGCGGGGGCCGUCUGGAGGUCGCAGUUUGUGAAGCACAGCAAGCUCAAAUUUGAGGGCAUAUCACUCAUGCUUGCCGUCUUUCUGCAGAAGAGAAUUUGCCAGAAGGGGUUUGUCUUCUACCGCAACGGGGAGCAGGCGCAGGGCCUGUACCUAAUCGUCAAGGGGAGUUUGAGCUACUGCGCGGUGCCCAGUGACAUGGGGGGGAUCGCAAACAUCCGAAUGGUGGAAAACCUCGUGGAGCUGGACGUCAACAGCGGACUGGUAAAACUCAUGAUAUUAAUGACUGAAAGGGGUUUCUGUCUCAAUUCGCAAAGGGUGAUAAAGUAAUAUGAUGAAAUGAAAAAGAAUAAGAAUAUAGAAAAACUGCAUGAUGUAUGAGAUGAAGCUACCAUCUUGUAGAGCAAACUGCUUUGCAUGUCGCGCAUCAAAGUAGAACUCGUCCUACGCACUUACUUCCAUUUAGCCGGUCGACGCCUAUCGCAUAAAAGAAAACUAUUUGCACUGAAAAAUAAUACCAGGUGCGGCGUUACCCCUACACGCUGCAUGGGCGAGAUUCCUACGUGGGCGAGUACGAGUUGAUCGUGCCCGGGGCGAGGAUAUCAACUGCAAAAAUGUCUGGGUCUGGACGACUGCUAAGUUUGUCAUGCAUAUUUUGAAUGGCCCAUGAUGUCUGUUAUGCAUGACCUAGCAUCACAGAUUUUUAGAGGGCUUUGCGAUGCCUCUACUGCAUGAGAAAUGCCCUCUCCGUGUAGCACAAACUGGAGUCCUCUUGCUGGGCAUGCAACGCAAAUUUUUUUAGAAUCCAGAGACAGCAUUACAAGUUUAGAAUCUUCCAGACCCAGACAUAUUUGCAUUUGAUAGAGGAAAAGCAUUCUACGCGCGGAGAACGAGUGCGAGGUGCUUUUGCUGACGCGGUCGGACUUCAUCAUUCUGUGCUACGCCUUCCCGGUGAUACUAGAAAACCUGCGGGGGCACGCGCGGCGACGGGAGGAGCGCCGAAACUGGCGGUUCAAGAGGCACACGAAGACGUGGUCCUACGAGUCCCUGGCCGCGGCGCACAUCCAGGAGGCCUGGAGGGAGGUGAAGAAGCGGCGAACGGGGGCGAAGAUGAAGCGAGCCUUCAACAAGGUACACAAACUCGCCGCACAAACCAUUCUGGGCAAGGGCAAGAAGACGGCGCUCGAGCGCAGCCGCGCGGACCUGUUCAUGGAGAUGGCGAAGCAGGAGGAGCGGCGGCAGUACGGGGGCCGCGACCCCGAGAGCCCAGCCACGCUGCACGAUCUGCACAAGAUGACGCACGACACACAAGUGGUGCGCACGCAGGUGUACGAGCUCACCCGCAUGGUGGAGCAGAUCUACUUUGCCAAUGCGGGCGUCAACUCGGGCGACAUCGUGCAGACCGACUAGUAGUCGCGUGUCUUAUGUGGUUUGUUGCUGUGUACGAAAAGGUUUGAGUGAAAUUUUAACAAAGGCUAAGAAAUUAAAAGCAGUGCAAUUCAGCACGAGAAGUUUACACUUUAUAACAUCAUCUUAUUCACACAAGUUUACACUUUAUAACAUCAUCUUAUUCACACAAGUUUACACUUUAUAACAUCAUCUUAUUCACACAAGUUUGCACUUUAGUUCACAUACACUACGUACAUGUUUUUUUAACUCUUAUGGCAACACAAGUAGAAUUCAAGCGAUUCUAUCACAAUUAAGUGACAAGAACCCGAGAGCAGUAUGCUUGUUAACCGAGUUUUUUCCCGUAUUUUCCCCCCUCGAGUUGCAAAAUUUUCACAGGCGCAUAUGGAAGUAAAAGCAUUUUAUCACCGUCGGUAGAGUUCUUAAAUUAAAGGAGCAUACAAAACUUUGUGGAAGCUACUCCUAGAGUCGGUUUGUGAUUGCGGCCGCAAUUUUUGCAUAGAUUUUUCAGCGCAUAAGUUUCCUCACAACUCGGCUUGUAGUCAUUCCAGUUGCUUUGUUGUAGCAUGCCCUUCACCCGUCAUGAUGGACAGACAAAACGGUAAAUGCAUUCUUACUUCUUCUUUUUCUUUCCC